ACGAGCGAGUCUGAAACGCCGCAGCCCUGGUGUAGGUACUGUGCGCGUUGCAAGUAAAUUUUUGACUGCCUUAUUUUCUGAACUAUUCUGCCAACUGUGCGAACAAAUAGCAUAGUUGCUGUGCCGCAGUUUGCAUUGCGCAACAUAUAAACGUCUCAUCAGAGCGCUGUGCCGUGCUGAAACGCGAUUGUAAACAUGUCCGAACGCUCCAAAGGUGACGUGUCGUCGUCGUCGCGCGUCAACAACAAUGCAAAUCGAAUUGUUAAAAAUCCACUGCUCAGCGCCUCCGUGACGGGUCUCAGCUAUGAUGACUUUCCCAAUAAGCCGCUCCUGUUGCCAGCGGCACCGCCUGUGGUGCACCAUGCACCACCCGCACAGCCAGCUAACGCUCUCAUCGCUGGCAUUCUCAAACGCGAGCCCAAAACCCUGGUGACCGUUGGACAGCCGUCCGGUAUUGACGAGAGCGAAGCGCUUGACGAGAUUAACUUGAACGCCAGCAGCAGCGACGACUCGGUGACAGCAGCGAACGCAUCCAACAAUCCAUAUCAGAGCGUUGCGGAUGCCAAUGCGAAUCCGUUGCUAGAGCCGCCGCUUGCCGCAGACUCUCUGCUUAGCCAGGCGGCGUCCUCGUUUGGCGCCCUGCCCUCGGUGGCCUCCAACGUCUUCUCGACGUUCUCGAAGCGCAUAUACGCGGGCACACGGGAAGCGGACGAGGCUCAGCCUCAACUGGAUAUACAGCCAACUUAUAUACAGCAGGCGGGUCAAGUGCACGCAGCAGCUGUUGCGCCACCGCCCUUCUACGCCGCACCACCGGCACAUGCUGGCGAGGCUGCACCAGAGCCACCGAAAUUCUAUGCACCCACAGAGGUGCCAGGCCUAGCAGCUGGCACUUUGCCACCGCCGCCCCCAUCGGCUGGACAGAACACUUAUCGCAUCAGCGCCAGGAAGAAACUAUACGCGCCUAUACCGGGACUCUCGGAGCAGCAACAGCAGCCAGUGCCAGCUGCUGAUCCCUUUCAAGCACCACCAUAUCCCCCACAGCCAUCGGCAGCAGGCGCAGCAACUUACGAGCAGCCUGCUCCACUGCCCGUUCAAGAGGAACGCAAGAGUGGUGGCCUCUUCUCGCUCACUAAUCUAGUGCCAUCUGGCGUGUUACAGAACAUUUCGGGCCUUGUGCAAUCGGCCACAGGCAGAAGCAACGAGCCUGCGGCACCGCCACCACAGACCGCCUACAAUCCAGCUGAUUCUGUUGGCUACUUUGAGAUCAACACAUCCUCUGCUGCCGUUCCGCAGCCGUUUGCAAACUAUUUUACGCCAGCAGCUCCGUCGGCUGCUGCAGAUUAUUUCGCGCCAUCCGCAGCACCACCCACUGUAGGUGGUUACUUCAAUCCUGCCGCAGUUGCUGCAACGCCGGCUAAUUUCUUUACGCCAGCAACAGCGGCUAGUGGACCAGCAACACCUGUACAGCCAUCAGCAGCAUUUGCACCACAGGCAUUUACUCAGCCAGGAGCAGUCUCACAGCAACCCGCUGUCUCUCAGUCACAAACAGUCGCGCAGGUACCACCAUCAGUGGCAGCAGCAGCACCACCACCACCAGCAGUAGUAGGAGCACCGCCACAAGCGGCAGUAACAGCAGGACCACCACCAACAGCAGGAGUCGGAGCAUCGCCACAAACGGCAGUAGCAGCAGCACCACCAUCAGGAGUAGGAGCAACGCCAGGAGUUGAAGCCCCACCACCAGUGGUAGCAACUGAAUCAAAGGCAGCAACAGCUGUAGUACCACCACCAGGUGCAGCAGGAGCACCACCGCAAGCGGCUCUUGCAGCAGCUCCACAAACGUCAGCAGGAGCAGCACCACCACCAGCGGCAGCAGGAGCACCACCGCAAGCGGCAGUUGCACCACCUCCACAAACGUCUGCAGGAGCGCCACCGCCAGCGGCAUUUGCAGCACCUCCACAAACGUCAGCAGGAGCAGCACCAGCUCCAACGGGUGCAGCAGCACCACCGCCAGCAGCUGGACCUGCUCACUCGUCGUAUCGCCUGCAGAAGGGUACGCGUCUCUACAAGAGUCCACUGACAGCGCAGGAAACAGCGCAGGCUCCAACCGCCUUUGGUCAGCCCACAGCAUUAGCAGCCACGCCCUUUGCACCCUACACAGCACCCGCUGCUAUUUUUAAUCCCUUUGGUGGAACAGAGCCAAAAGAAGUUGAACUAUUUGCAGCACCAACUUCAUCAGCUGCACCAGCGCCCAGCCAGGAAGUUCCUCUGUUUGCAGCUGCAGCACCACCAGCUGCGCCAGCAACAUCGCUCUUUACACCACAGACAUCGACGGGGCUCUAUCAGCCGCACGAAGCCAGUGCACCAGCUGCCUCGCUCUUUGCGCCAGCACCAUCCGAUAAAGUUCAGGAGGCUCCUCUCUUUUCCAGCUCGACUGAAGCAAAACAAGAACUUCUAACGGACACAAGCAACAAUCUUUUCACGUCGCAGACUCAGAGUGCAGAGCUGAACAGCACUUCAAAUCAAAGUCAGGAGGUUACACUAUUUGCUCCGGCUUCAACUUCAGCUGUUUCGGAGGUUCCAUUAUUCCCAACAUCGCAGAGUUUGCCCAUAUUCUCACAAGGACCAACAGCAACUCUAUUCACGCCACAGUUGGAUGUCAAGCCAGAGCCGCAGCAGACAAAUCAGCAAAAGGAAUCAGAGCAGGAAACUUCCUUGGUUAGUGCACCAGCACCACCAACAGUUGAAGCUGAUCAGCCAACCGCUAGCAAGGUCGACGAACCAAGUCAAGAGACUCCCAAAACACCGCCAACUGCUUUAUUUCAAGAACUUUCAGCAGUGCCUGUCUUUUUUCCACCUAUACGAACAGCAACGACUGAAGCUGGUGAAGAAACUCCAUUAUUUGUGCCAGUACCAGCAGCAGCAGGCACUGCUGAAGCGGGUCAGAGCGUAGAGCUUUACCCACCUGCGGCAACAACAACAGCAGAGUCCGAUUCAAAGAAUCAGGAAGCUAUAGCAGAAACAAGCGCGCCACAGCCAAUCUUUAACGCCAACAGCCUCUUUGCACAGUACACAGGGCACAGUACAGGUGGGCCGGUUCAGGAGGCUCUAGAAGUAGCAGCACCACAGCCAACUACCACAACAACCGAUUUAUUUGCACCACCUGCGCAGGCACCGGCCGCUGUCUCACAUCUGCCCAGCGUUGCGUUGACCACUCAGACAACAACCACAUUCUUUAAUCCGUUUGCACAGACAGUAACCACACCGCUGCCCCAAGAUCCGUUGACACCGCCCAUUGGCUUUGUGGAGCCCAGCACUCAAGCAGACGGCAACUCACUUUUCGCCGCACAGACUAUUGAGCCGGUGUUACCAGAAGCAGAGACUGCAAAACCUGCAACAGUAGCAGCAGCAGCACCGCCGCCGCCACCACCACAAGCAGCGGCCAACCAGGACAACGCCUCACAGGCGAAUCCAUUCCGUAGAGCCGCCGAACCAGCACCCACAUCAACAGCCGCGGCUGCUCCUUCGGCUCUGCUUAGCUUCUUUACGCCGGCAGGGAACGGCAACGAUUUCAAUUUCUUUGGAACAGCUCAGCAGGCGGGACAGUUUCCGGAGUUGCCUCCAUUGGAUAACGUAGCACCACCCGCACUAGCGCAAGAGCCGCCGGCUGGUGACACCGCCACGCCUCAUUCCACUCAGGCACUUGGCUUUGAGCGACUGAUCAGCGACUCUCAGCAAGCUGCACAGCAAACGCAAAAUUCAAACGAACAUUUUUAUCAAAAUUCAAGUGUGAACACAUUUUCGGGCUAUUUCGGUAGCCCCGUAGAGGGGUCAGGGCCAGUCGCACAGCCUCAAACACAGCCAGAGCCACAGCAACAGCAACAGUCGCUGACUGGCUGUAAUUCGGCCAAUUUCUUUGAUCACUUUGCCGCCGGCGGACAGGGGCAGGAGGAUCAACGCAUACAGAACUUCUUUAACAAUCCUCCGCUGCAGGAUCAGCCAGCCGCACCGGGUGAACUCAAAUACGAUAUUGUGCACAGCGGCUUGCCAAACAAGCGCUUCGAGCAGCGCUCCCAAACGUCUGUCUCCAACGUUGUGGAGCCGCCCUCAUCUGCCUGCUCGGAGUUCUCCACAGCUGCACCGGGCUCAGCUGCCAAUCCAACAAAUAAUCAGCAUCAGGCCGAUCGCCAGUCCGAUUAUCUAUUGCAGUCACAUCUGGGCGAACUGCCCGAGGAGCUCCUGCAGCAACUGAGAAUGGCCAACGAUAAGAAUUCGUCCACGGUGCCAACUGGCGAAGCCUUGGUCUACACGCCCGUAUUGCCGCAUUGGUUCUACAAACGCAAUGUGGAUGGUAAAUUCGUGUGGACACCAUUUAGUCACUAUGACUCAGCGCUGCUGGAAACUAGCCUGAAUAGCGAGGAAACCGAUUCAUCAGUCAUUGUGCCCGUCGAGGGCGGUCGCUACGAUGUCAACAUCAAAGAGCGCACCAAAACACCCGUCUAUUGGGAGGGAAAGGCCAUUGAGGUGCGCCGCUGUUCCUGGUUCUAUAAGGGCGUCGAUGGUAAAUAUGUGCCCUACGCGGAGCAAACUGCAGAAGCACUUGAGAUGGAGUAUAGGCACGCGACCGAAACAAACGAAUGGCAUAAAAAGAUACCGCUGGCCAAUGGUGAGCAGGUGACCAUGCAUGGACCCAAUGUCAUUGUCCACUUCAUGCCACCCUCGCCCGCCGAUACAUGGGGAAGCAGCGUGCAAGGCACGUCACGGCCGUUGGUCGUGAAACGGGAUUUGAAUGACUUUAAGAUACAACAGGGCGAAUCUCAGCGUGUGGAUCAUUUGCUGUUCAUGGUACAUGGCAUUGGCUCGGCUUGUGAUCUAAAGAUGCGCAAUGUCGAGGAAGUCGUGGAUGAUUUCCGAUACAUUGCCCAGCAGCUGGUGCAGUCCCACUACAAGAACUCCACGGACAUGGGCCUAGUGGGACGUGUGGAAGUGCUGCCUAUUGAAUGGCAUGGUCAUUUGCACUCUGAAGAGCUUGGCAUUGAUGAGAAGCUGAAGUCCAUUACCUUAGAGUCCAUACCACGAUUGCGCAACUUCACAAACGACACGUUGCUAGAUGUGCUCUUCUAUACCAGUCCCAAAUACUGUCAGAAGAUCAUGAACACGGUGGCUGAUGCCUUGAAUGAAACCUAUCUAAAGUAUCGAAUGCGACAUCCGGAAUUCAAUGGCGGUGUCUCGCUGGCUGGCCACAGUCUCGGCUCGUUAAUACUCUUUGAUCUGCUGUGUCACCAGGAGCCGCUCAAGGAGAGCGAAGAGGAAAAUAAGCUAAAUAUUCAACAGGAGAAUCCUGAUCAACUACCACAGAAGAAGGGGACCGAAUCGAAAAACGUACAACUGCCCAACAACGAUGCAAUGAUGCCCAAGCAGGUCAGCUACGCCAUGGGCAUUGGGCCGGCUGGCACUGGGCAGCCGGUGAUCAACUACACGCAGCUAAUUUUCCAUCCAAAGAAGUUCUUUGCUCUGGGCUCACCCAUUGGCAUGUUUGUGACCAUACGUGGCAUCGAUAAGCUCGGCCUUGACUUUCGGCUACCCACAUGUGCGGGCUUCUACAAUAUAUUCCAUCCUUUCGAUCCGGUUGCGUAUCGUAUAGAGGCGCUAGUCAAUCCGGAUAUGAAAGGCAUUCGCCCGGUCUUGAUUCCACAUCACAAAGGACGUAAGCGCAUGCAUCUUGAGCUGAAGGAGACAAUGACACGCGUCGGAGCGGACAUAAAGCAACGAUUCAUGGAUACGUUCAAGACGACAUUAGAUAGCGUCAAUUUCUUGGCUACGGUGACCAGGGUCAAGAAGGAGGCCGAGGAGACGCUGGAAAAGGAAGUCAACUCAAGUAAUUCGCAGAUAUUCCAUAAACAAAGUGAGGACACGGAUGAUUUAUCAACAGCGACCACUUCUGCGCAUGCGCGUAAUCGUACCGAUUCAGAGUCCACGACAGCGUCAGAUCCUGAAUUUAUUGAGCUUGAUUUUCCGCUGGGUAAAUUGAAUGACUCGAAACGCGUGGACUACGUGCUGCAGGAGGCGCCACUGGAGUUCAUCAACGAGUAUAUUUUUGCACUCAGUAGCCAUGUGUGCUAUUGGGGCUCUGAGGACACCAUAUUGUUUGUGAUGAAGGAAAUCUAUGCGGGUUUGGGCAUAAGCACCGAUAGCCAAGUACCACAGCAAACUAUGACCAUAGAGAGGCCCAGCUCACGAAGUAGCAGUGUCGGUCCGUCGCUAUUGCCGAUCAAAAUCAUACAAAGAAUUUUUAAAAUGUGCAACUCUAACUUGGUUAAUGGUUUUAUGAAAUUAAGAAGAAGGACGGCAUUGACAAGAAUAUUCAUUAAUGAAAAUGAUCCGCAAAAGAACGUUAAUCUAAGGAGCUUGACAAACAGUUAAUGUCUAUAUAUACACAAACUAUUCAUUGCAUAUCCUCUUUGUGUGCUGUUGUUCUUUUUGUAAUAACGCGUUUAUAAUAUAACUUCGUAAUUUGUAUGCUAAAUAAAGUGUAUGUCUAUUAAAAUUAAUCAAUAAAUAGCGAUUCAGCAGAAAUAAA